AUGUUGCUCUGGGUCACUGCAGGAACCAACCAGCCCUUCACUCUUUCUUCUGCUCCCCGGCGCCGCGGCUGCCCAGGGGUCACCAUGAGGCGUCUCGUCUGGUUGCUGUUCCUCCCAGGCUUCCUCUGUCAAUGUGAGCCACCUGUCGAGGUCCCCGAGUCCCUGAUCGCUUGGACGGGGGCCUGUCUGUCCAUCCCGUGCCUCUAUCAAUCCUGUGUCCUGAACCCCAUAAGGACAAAGAAAUUGACCAUCAGCUCCCUGACCUGGUACCUGAACCCUGUGUAUGAUGAUGAGAAGAAAGAGUUCAGUGGCACCGUCCUGUAUAAACACAGCGCCGCCAUCAGCCCGGCCUUCGCAGGGCGCGUGAGGUUCCUGGGGGACCUGGAGAGAGAUUGCAGCCUGCAGCUGUCUGACCUGCGGGCCAGCGAGAACGGCUCCUAUGGGCUGAGACUGAUCGUCUUGACCACCGCGCAGAAGCCGGAGGAGAAGAAGUGGAUGACUAAGAUCAGUGUGAACGUGACGGAUUCACCUCCAGCUCCUCAAAUCCAAGCACCCAGUGAGUUCAGGGAGUCAAUCGCGGCCCAGGCAGUUUGCUCCGUAGCCUAUCACUGCCCCGACUACCCCAUAACCCUGACGUGGGUCGGUUUGGGGCAUAGGACCCCUGAGCCCACCAUGAGGACAGGGAGCAGAAGGACUGAGAGCACACUGACUUUCACGCCCACCUGGCAGGACCAUGGGACAAAUUUAACCUGCCGGCUCAGCACCCCGGCUGGGACACCGAGCUCGGAGAGCAGCGUGGUGCUGGACGUGAAAUAUGCCCCUAAGGGAGUCCAGUUGAACGCGACACCCGGAGAGACCAUCCGAGAGGGGGACAGACUCGUGCUGAUGUGCAUGACCGAGGGCAGCAACCCCCCCGUCUUCACGUACAACUGGUAUAAGGACACACAGUGGCUGCACCAGGGGCAGGAGCAGAGGCUGGAGUUUGAAGCCAAGGGGGAUGAGCAUUCCGGCUCCUAUCUCUGCCAAGCCACCAAUGAAAUACAGACGGUCCCAUCCCCAGCGCUGCGGAUAGACGUCCAGUAUGCCCCAAAGGACGCGCGUGUUGAACUGGUGACAGGCUCUCAGAUCCAGGAAGGGACCACGGUUGUGCUCAGCUGCUCCUGCAGGGCUCAUCCGCCCGUCAGCAGCUACAGCUGGUACAGAAACGGGCAGCACCUCCCAGCACAAACCCAGCAGGAGCUGCGGUUUGACAAGAUCCAUCCCGACCAGUCCGGUUCCUACCACUGCGAGCCUCGGAACAGAGUCGGGAUGUCAGAAUCGCCGGCCAUUACAGUCGACGUACAGUACCCCCCCAAGGAGGUACAAAUCACCCUUGAAAACCCCCAGCGCAUCCAGGAAGGCGACGCAGUGAUGCUGAACUGCUCCGUGGGCAGCAGUAACCCCCCGGUGACUAAGUACAUGUGGUACAAGGAUAACAGCCAGUAUCAGGAGACCCAAGAGAGCGUCUUGACCUUCCCUGCCACAAAGGAGCGGUCCGGUAGCUACAGCUGUGAGGCUCAGAACGUGAUCAGCUAUAAACAGUCUUCGUCUGUCUCAGUGGAUGUGCAGUACGCGCCCCAGCACGUUGCCGUGGUGCGGCAGCCGUCGGGGUCCAUCAAGGAGGGCGAGGCCGUGACCCUGGAGUGCUCCGUGGGCAGCGCCAACCCCUCUGCCCUGCACUACGCCUGGUACAAGGACGAGGCGCGGCAGGGUGAGAACUCCAACAGGCUGAAGCUGGCGGCCGUGGUGUCGGCUGAUUCGGGCCAGUACCGGUGUGAGGCUAAGAAUGACGUGGGCACCACCCAUGCUGAGCCCAUCCCGCUGGACGUCUGGUAUGCCCCCCGGGAUGUACAGCUGUCCGUGGCCCCACAGGGGCCGAUUGUGGAGGGGAUGGAGGUGACGCUGCGGUGCUGGGCCGAUGCCCUCCCGCCCGUGCUGGGCUACGACUGGUACCGGGACGGCCAACUGCAGGAGCGGCAGACCCAGGACAUGCUGAGCAUCCUGGCUGUGAAGGUUGGGGCGUCCGGGCACUACCACUGUCGGGCCAGAAACCAGAUCUCCUACGGGGACUCCUCGCCCAUCCGCCUCACCGUCUACUUCAGCUCCAUGACUAUAGCCAAGAACUCGGCUCUAGGGGUCGGCGUGGUCGUAGUGUUUAUCCCCCUGCUGGUGGCGCUGGUCUUUGCCCUUAAGCGAUGGAGGAAGCGGCGUCUUCCCGAGCUGGUUGUGGAGCCUCUGGGCAGGCGAAGGAGAUCGUUCUUUCCUAGGAGACGGGAACCUUUGAAAGCCCAGCAGCCCGCCAGCUCGGUGGGAUGCCUGAAUGGAGUAUCCGGAGAUGCUGUCAAUUAUGCUACACUCCAGUUCCCACCCAGCCACGCCCAGGGGCUGACUGCCCCUUCCAGGGUGCCAGGAAACUCGAGGCAGCGAGUGAAGCCAGGGGGCCUGGAUGAAACCGUUAUUUACAGUGUGGUGAAGAAACCCAACCUGCCGCCCAAGGGCGAAGUGAAGGGCGACUAUGAGAAUGUGGGGGCCCGGCCGGAGGAGGAGGAGGAGCUAAACUACUGCACCCUGGUGCUGCCCCCGCGCACCCGGGCCUUACGUGGCCGCUGGGAGUGUGAGUCGGACUCGGAGUCGGAGGCGAGCGUGCAGUACGCGGCCCUGAGGCACUGA